AUGUUGGCAUCACAAGUUUAUCAAGUUUUUUAUGUUGUGAAUCCAAUUGAGAAAGAUGUUUCUUAUGCAAGGAAUAAAGUCCCCAUAGAUUUGUAUGAUCUAGAGGGAGAGAAUUGCCCUAAUAUAAGAGAAACAUUUUGGAGGAAGCCUAAUAAUGACAUUGGUACCUCAACUAGAUUAGAUGAGGGUAACUUUAGAUGGUCAAGAGAAGAUGGAGCCAUUGUUGUUGUUGAUAUUCCAUCUACUGAAGAACAUUCAGAAGAUAUAGUUGUAGAAACAUCGGAAGAGAAGAAUGAGUUUGAUGGCCCUUCAAUUAACAAAAAAAAAGGCGCUACACAAAUGGCAGCAGUACAUGGAAGAACUGAGCGUCAAUUAAUAGUGCUAAAUGAGUUGAAUCAUCCUAUUGGUCUUACUAAAGCAGUGAUCACCGAGUUUAGCAGUUUUCUUGGAACUUUGGCAAGGAAUGGGACAUUUUGUCCUCUUAAUCUUAGUUGGGCAAAGUUGAAGACAAUAAUGAUAUGUAGAGCUAUAUCCAGAGGGCACAAGUCCAGGUUUAAGAAAGACCGGUAUUAUGCCUACCCCAAUGAUGAAAUUCGAUUGGCAAAUAGUCCUAAAACUAUUUCAGAACCUAUAUUUGCAGAUUUGCUUCAGUAUUGGAACGCCAAAGAAGCUAAGGUUGAAAUGGAGAGAGUAGAAAAUCAAGAAAGUGAAUAUGGUAGCCAAUCAGUUGAUGCAUUCACAACAGUUAUGGGUCCUGAUCAUCCAGGUCGAGUAAGACUAUUCAGAUGCGGGGUGACCAAGUCUCUUUUAAAACAAAAAGAAAAUGAAUCUGGACCCUCUUCAAAUAUUAUUGCAGAUGAAUUGGUGAAAAAGAGAAUGGAUGAACUAGAAGAGAGGAUACAACAAAGAAUGUAG